GCUGCCCCGGAGCAGCAGAACCUGUUCUGUCUGUACCUUGGGAGGGGCGGAGAGCGUAACCGGAGGAGGUGACACAUCGCUGGCCCUUCUCGGGAUACGGCGUCCGGACACAGGCACCACGACUCCUGCCCGGACCGGACCGGACCGGACCGGCACCCCACUGCCCCGGCUCACGGGAGGAUAUCUCGGGGCGAGAGGAGGAGGCGGCGGCGGACAUGGAAGAGGCCAACUGCUCGGAAGGGGUGUCCAUGGCCCUGGAAUGCUCCUUGGACGCCUGUCAGGAGCUGUGCAGUGCGGUCCAGGUGAACAACCCGAACAUAACGCUGGCUCACCUGCCUUCCUGGAGGGAUCCAGACUUCUACAUUGGCCUCGCCCUGGCCACCAUCUCCAGCAUCCUGAUUGGGGUCAGUGUCAUCCUCAAGAAGAAGGGGCUGCGGCGGCUGGCUGACGACGGCAGAGUUAGAGCAGGAGACGGUGGCCAUGGUUACCUGAAGGACUGGAUGUGGUGGGCUGGCCUGCUAACCAUGGGUGGAGGAGAAGCGAUGAAUUUUGCUGCUUACGCCUUCGCUCCUGCGACUGUUGUCACUCCACUUGGUGCACUCAGUGUCCUUGUCAGCGCACUUCUGUCAUCCUACCUUCUGCAGGAGAGCCUUAACCUGCUGGGGAAGCUGGGCUCCGUGCUCUGCAUCCUGGGCUCCACCAUGAUGGUCAUCCAUGCCCCACGUGAGGAGGAGGUGAAGACAUUGGAGGAAAUGGCCCAGAAACUGAAAGAUCCAGGGUUUCUGGUCUUCGCCUGCCUUCUGCUGAUUGCCAUACUGCUCCUCAUCUUCUACGCAGCUCCCAGGUACGGGCACGCCAAUGUCCUGGUUUACAUCUCCAUCUGCUCCCUCAUUGGUGCUUUCUCCGUCUCCUCCGUGAAGGGUAUUGACAUUGCCAUCAGAGCGUGUUUUGCCAACAUACCAGUUUAUAGGCACCCGUUAACCUGGGUCCUCACCCUCUCACUGCUAGUCUCCAUUGUCACUCAGGUCAACUACCUGAACAAAUCCCUGGACAUGUUCAACACCUCAGUGGUCUAUCCCAUCUAUUAUGUGUUCUUCACCACCGUGGUCAUUACCACCUCCGUGAUCCUCUUCAAGGAGUGGUUCAGCAUGUCUGCCGUGGACAUUGUGGGCACCAUCUCUGGAUUUGGAACCAUAGUCCUUGGUGUCUUCAUGCUGCAUGUCUUUAAGGACCUGAACUUCAGCCUCAGCAGCCUGCCACAUGCACUCAAGGUGCCGGAGAGGGUGUGUGCAACUCCUAUGCUGAAAUUAGAUGACAAACACAUCCUUGUGGAGAGUACAGACAACGCAGUGUUCACUGAGGAUAAGUCAAGGGUCUUUGUCAUCUAUGGGUGAAGGGUUUGGGCUGCAGAUUUGGGUUGUAGAUUUCAGGCCCUUUGGCCCACAAUGAGUGGACUAGGAAACAAAUGAUUAUCACAUUGAACAUAGAACACUAGAACAUAGUAUAUUACAGGGCUGUUGGCCCACCAUAUUGUGCCAACCUUUUAACUUACUCUAACAUCAAUCUAACUCUUCCCUCCCACAUAGCCCUGCAAUUCUCUAUCUUUCAUGUGCCCAUUUAAGAGUCUCGUAAAUAUCCCAAAUGUACCUGCCUCCACCCCCCAGCAGUGCGUCCCACACACCCAGCAAUCCGUGUAAAGAUAACCUGUGAUGUUGUGGAGUAUGCAUUAAGUGUGAUCAUGGCCACAACAGUCACUGUGUCCGUGGCUGGGUACACCGCCACAAGCCGCUUACCCCACAGCCUCUGAAAAGCCUUUCUGUGUCUGGGGAAAACACAAAAAUUAGAUGUUUCAUUUGUCACAUUUACAGUGAAAUGUAUUGCCUGCAUCAAUAACCAACUCAGUCUGGGGAUGUUCUGGGGGCAGCCCACAAGUGUCGCCAUGUUUCAGGUGCCAACGUAGCAUGUCCACAACUCACUAACCCUAACCUGUACAGUUUAUUACCAUUCAACCGUACACAUGUACACCAAAGAACAACGUUCCUCUGGAUCAGGGUGCACAACACCGUACAUAUAACUCACACACAACCGUACACAUGUACCCCAAACGAAACAACGUUCCUCUGGACCAGGGUGCACAAUACCGUACAUAUAACUCACACACAACCGUACACAUGUACCCCAAACGAAACAACGUUCCUCUGGAUCAGGGUGCACAACACUGUACAUAUAACUCACACACAACCGUACACAUGUACACCAAAGAACAACGUUCCUCUGGAUCAGGGUGCACAACACCGUACAUAUAACUCACACACAACCGUACACAUGUACACCAAACGAAACAACGUUCCUCUGGACCAGGGUGCACAAUACCGUACAUAUAACUCACACACAACCGUACACGUGUACACCAAAGAACAACGUUCCUCUGGAUCAGGGUGCACAACACUGUACAUAUAACUCACACACAACCGUACACAUGUACACCAAACGAAACAACGUUCCUCUGGAUCAGGGUGCACAACACUGUACAUAUAACUCACACACAACCGUACACAUGUACACCAAACGAAACAACGUUCCUCUGGACCAGGGUGCACAAUACCGUACAUAUAACUCACACACAACCGUACACAUGUACACCAAAGAACAACGUUCCUCUGGACCAGGGUGCACAACACUGUACAUAUAACUCACACACAACCGUACACAUGUACACCAAAGAACAACGUUCCUCUGGAUCAGGGUGCACAACACCGUACAUAUAACUCACACACAACCGUACACAUGUACACCAAACGAAACAACGUUCCUCUGGAUCAGGGUGCACAACACUGUACAUAUAACUCACACACAACCGAAAACGUGUACACCAAAGAACAACGUUCCUCUGGACCAGGGUGCACAACACUGUACAUAUAACUCACACACAUAACACAUAAAGUAAUACAACCACAAAUAAAGCAGAUAAUAAUAAAGUCACACAUCUUUGGAAUGUGGGAGGAAACUGGAACCCACGCAGCCAUAGGGAGAAUGGACACUGACCUGGGGUUGCGGACUCGGUAACGUGUCGUACUGACUGCUGCACUAGGAGUGUGACGGAUAGCCUGUCGUGACCUGGGUGGACACCGCUGUUGUGUGAUGGAAGAGGUAGUCACUAAGACCAGGCAGAGUUUGCCAGUGGAGUGCUCCUCUGUCAAAUGCCUUGCAGUUCUCCAGCACCCCCCCCCACCAAACCCUUCCCAACACC